GACAGUAAAAUUUUUUUAUUUUAUUAGGUUGAUGAUGAAGAAGCUGGGAUAAUAUUAGAGAUUCCUGGUGAUCCACUGUGCCCUGUAAAAACACUCAGGUUUUAUUUAAGCCGUUUGAAUCCAGCCUGCCGAGCCUUAUUUCAACGACCCAAAGAACACAUAUACGAGCAGGACACGUGUUGGUAUGUUAAUUCUCCCGUUGGUAAGAAUAUGCUAGCUACUAUGAUGUCCACUAUCUCCAAGUGUGCUAGACUCAGCCGUGUUUAUACAAAUGUCCGCAUCCGAGCCACAACCUAUUCACCUGCAGAUGGCAAAGGCUGCAUCCCUUGUACAGACAUGGCUGAGCAACCGAAUGAAAGGAAUAACGGUGAAGUCGUUGAGAACAAUAAGAUUGAAAUAAUCCCAAAGUCUUUACCUCAGAACUCUCAUAUUAUCAAACAGCUAAAUGCCCCCAUUGUUCAGGCCGCAUCUCUCUUGUCUGUAGCUGUCUCAAAACCUCUGAGUACGGUCACAAAUGCAACUGCUCCAAGUGGUUCACUCAUCAACAGAGUUUUUCCCAUUGCCCUUACAAAUGCUCAAAAGAAUGAAAUACUCAAUGGUCAGCUUGUAAAUAACAAACCAACAGCGGAGGAAAUACCUCCUUCAUCUUCUCGUAACUGUGAUUGGUGUAAAAAGGAUUUAAGUUCUGGAGGAAUGGUGCUGAAAUCAAGUGAGGCUGGAAAAGAGUAUUGUUCUACAGAAUGUUUGGGAAAAUGCUUGGCGAGAGAGCACAAAGAUGAGUUGACUCCCCCUGCUGAUGCUGAAAAGGAGAAUGGUAGUGCUGCUACGCUUGAUGCCAACCCUAAUCCAAAAAUCCAAAAACUACUUACGUUGUGUUCGUCUGCUAAUCUACUCAUACCUUUUCCUUCCAUCUGUAAAGAAUAUGCAACUCCUGCUGCUGCUCUUCCUGAAAAUGAAACAAUUACAAAUGGUGAUGUGAAAGAAGAAUCAAGAAGUUCUUCUCCUCUACUUAUUGUACCUGAUGAAGUAUAUCCAGAAGCUAUCUUAGAAACUGUGGACUCAGAUCCAGAUAAUGAAAUGGAAAGUGAAGAUGUAGAGGAGCAGCAUCAUCAUCAUCAGCCUGUUGUUUUGAAAAAAUCGACGCGUGAUCAAGAAGUGAUGUGCCAGCCUACAAUGACCUCCUGUGCCAUAUCAUGUAAACCCAUUCUCAAAAACCAAGCCAUUCAGACAGAUUUCAGCACCUACUUCUCAGAUAGCAUAUUUGGCAACAGCAGCAGCCUCUUUCCCAAAUAUGUCCUGAGCAGUUCUUGCUGCAGCAAAGAUGAGGAUGUUGAUACAGCAGAUGUUAUUGAAGAGUAUUCAGUUCUGAAUGGUGAUUCUUUUGAAUGUUUCUCAGAUGCUCAAGAUACAAGCUCACUUUGGAUGUCUGUGGAGGAAUGUGACGAGGAGGAGGUUGAAGAAUGCAUCCCUUCCCCCAUCCCUGUCAUUAAAGUUGAAGAGCCUUAUAUACCCGACCCUCUUGCCAGUGCUUACUCUCAACGUGGGCGUACCACCAAGCGUACUACUUGGGAUGAAAUUGCACAGAGAAGUAAACUUCAAACACUGUGGGGUGUUAAAGUUUUUAGAGAAUGGCUUCAGUCAAAAGGAAGUCGUAGAGAUUUCGAACACCUCGAUGCUGUCAGCCUGGCGGGAAUACUGGAGGAAUUCUAUGAGAACCUGACAAAACCUGAUGGGGAAGAAUACAGUGUCAGCACCAUGCACACAAUUCGAGCCAGUAUCAGUCGUUACUUAACUCUGCCGCCACAGAGCAAACCUUUUAGUAUUAUCCGAGACAGAGAGUUCAAACGAGCAAACGAGGCCUUUUAUCGCCGUAUCCGCCGCUUGCAGAAUCCGCGUCAACAACCUGCCUUCCAUUAUGCAACGGGAAGGACUGCCCUUUGGCAGCCCCACCCUCUUAGCCACCCUUCCCCCCUCACUAUACCUUGCAACAGUAAUGGUAUCAUGCUAGUCCAGUUGGGCCCACAAUAAAGAGAGUAGCUCAUGGUUGAAGUGUGCUUAGCACAGAUUCACUUAUUAUAAAGGUUCAUUAGUCCGAUGAUGGAGAGUUUUAAAAAUAUAAAUUUGUGUCGCCCCCGGUGAAAAAAAGUUAUUAUCUUAGCAGAUGUCUGUUUAAACUUUAUUUUUAUACUGGAGAUCUCAUAACUCUGUGUAGAAUAUUUGUUUUUUAUGUGCAAAUGGAGACUGUUGCAUUAUAACAAAAAAGCCUUUUUUUCUUUGCAAGUCUUUCCUCCAGUUCUUGUAUUGUUGAGUCCUGCCUACAGGCAGCUAUAGUUAUGCAUGAUUUUAGUGUAUGUGUUUUAUAUUUAUUCUAAAUAUUUGCGUCACAAAAUUCAAUCGAUUUCUCUGUCUGUUUUAUGUUUCACUGGUGUUAUGUCUGCUGAUGCUUUUUAAUACUGAAAUCAUGCCAGUAUACUCGAGCAAUACAAAGCCUUCUAGAAAUUUUUGCCUUUUAAUAAUAAAUCUGAUGUGCGUGAAACUAUUUUAAUAAAUUGAUGUUCUCUUCUUUUGGUAAUAAAUACUUACCUGUGCAUGCUGUUGUUAAAAGCAAUAAGAUGAAGUAUUUUUAACACAACGAAAUUUGAUUAUUUUCUUUGUCUAUUUUUUAAAUUGAAUAAAAAAUAGCUAUACAGCAUUUGUACGCUGAAUUGUUCAGGGAUAGUUGUGAAAAUACAUACCGGUUACGAGAUUGAAAAAAAAAAAUUUCACGUUAAAUCUGUGGCUGUGCAUUUUUAAUUUAUGACAGUAUUAGUUGCAGUUGAAUGUAGUUCAUAUUUAUACUCUACUUUGUUAGAGGGCAAAGAGAGAAAGAGAGAGCUUUUUUUACAUCAUCAGCUUUAAAAUGUUAUGUUGAUUUAUUUUUUGUGUGUCUUUUCUUUCUGAAUUAGUUUGUUGUAUGUGAAAUAUUUAUUGUUAGUAUAGAAAUCUAAUGCAAAAUUAUAACUUUUAUCAGUUUAAUGUUGCUAGUCAAAUAAUCAUGAUAUAUGUGUGAUUUCUUUUUAUGUUCAAUCAAACUUUUAAAUGGAGAUAUCAAGAGUUGAUGAAUUUAAAGCAGAAAAUGUAUGAAAUUGGAACAGAAAGAGAUAA